UUUAGUCAUCCGAAUUAGCAGGAAAAAAAAACUUAGCUGAUGGAAUCACGUACAAUUGAGCAGUUUCAAGGCAAGACUAUUUUGAUUACCGGUGCCACCGGUUUUCUUGCAAAGAUUCUUGUGGAGAAGAUACUUCGUGUUCAACCAAAUAUCAAAAAAUUAUACCUUCUCAUAAGAGCUUCAGACAACAACUCCGCUAGACAACGCUUCACCAAUGAGGUCGUGAUGUCUGGAUUAUUCAAUGUUAUAAGGGAAAGGAUGGGUACAAUAUACCUCAGCUCUCUGGUGGAGGACAAGGUGCUAGCAAUUUCAGGUGACAUCUCAAAAGAAAAUAUUGGAAUUAAAAACUCAAAAUUGAGAGAGCAUAUGUUCAAAGAAAUAGAUAUAAUCAUAAACUCUGCUGCAACUACCAACUUUGAUGAGAGAUAUGAUAUAGCAAUGAAUAUCAAUGUGGUUGGUGUUAUGAACAUCCUCAAAUUUGCUAAGAGUUGUAAAAAGGUGAAAAUGCUUCUUCAUGUAUCUACCGGAAUUUUAUCAGAAAAACCGUUCUUUAUGGGUGAGACGCUCAACAAAAAAUAUUUUUUGGAUAUGGAUAAGGAAAGAAGUGUGAUAGCGAAGAAAUUUAAGGAACUUGGAGCUCAAAAUGCGACAACAAAGGAAUUGACAAUAGCCAUGAAAAAACUUGGCCUACAAAGGGCAAGGUUACAUGGGUGGCAAAACACAUAUUCUUUCACAAAAGCAAUGGGGGAGAUGGUUUUGGGACACUUGAAGGAAAAUUUACAGAUCGUUAUCAUACGUCCAGCGAUUAUAACUAGUACCUACAAAGAGCCAUUUCCUGGAUGGAUUGAAGGAGUGAAAACAAUGGAUUCAUUUCUUUUGGCUUAUGGAAAAGGAGUGCUCAAAUUCUACUAUGGUGAUCCUAACUCAAAAUUUGAUGCGAUUCCAGGAGACAUGGUAGUGAACACAAUCCUUGCCGCUAUUUUAGCACAUGAAAAUCAAUAUUCUCAAGAAGUAGCUAUUUAUCACAGCAGCUCUUCUUUAAGAAAUCCUCUAAAAAUUUCAGAGAUAAUGCUUUUGGCAUUUCAUUAUUUCAAACAAAAUCCAUGGGCUAAUAAAGAUGGGAAAACUAUCAAAGUGAAGGCUCCUAUGCGUCCAUUUAGCACCAUGGCUACCUAUCGCAAACACAUUUCGACUCAUUAUUUGCCACUAUUAAAGAUGCUAAAGUUUAUGAACCUAGUGUCAUGUCAUCGCUAUGACAAAACCUAUAUAAAUAUGAAAAAGAAGAUAUAUAAGGCUAUACGUCUGACUGAACUAUACGAACCCUACGUAUUUUUCUAUGCAAGUUUUGAUGAGGCUAAUACUGAUAAAUUAAGAUUGGCAAUGAAGAAAAUCAACAUGGAUGAAGUGCUUAAUUUUGAGCCACGUUGCAUCAAAUGGGAGGAUUACUUUAUGAAUGCUCACAUUCCUGGAGCUGUGAAGUUUCUGUUCUAGCUAGGGAUCAUGUUUAAGCUUUUAUAUAUGUACUUGUAACGUUUUACUAAUUUAGUGCUUAGAUAAGAAGGUUGUUUAAUUUGUGUGUACUUGUAUGUCCAUGUCUAAAUUUAAUAUAAGUGAUUAUUAAAUGGGGUUUUAUUAUUCUUCAUAUAUA